CUAAUGAAUGCUUAUAUGUGUCGUUGUGUGAGUGAGUAUUGUAUAUGAGAUGAGAGACUCUUCUUCUUUCAUUUCUUGACUCGUAUACAUAAUAAUAAUAAAUACCAUAAAGAAUAAAGAAAAAAAGAGAGAGAUCAGCGUCAUGAGGAUGGAGAUGAAGGGUGGAACUACUACUACUACUCAAGCUGUGGUGAAUAGUAAUGGUAACUUUGUGGAAGAAGAAGAAGAAGAAGCUGUCUCAAGCUUUAAAUUUUCAUACCUUCUUGCUUCCAAGGAUCGUGAUUUUCUCCUAUCAUCAACUGGAACUCAGGUUAAAAUAUCAGAACUUGAAGGAAAAGUAGUAGGUCUAUUAUUCGCUGCCAACUGGUACCCACCAUGUCGUGGAUUCACUCAAUUGCUCAUUGGAAUCUACGAGCAACUCAAAAGCAAUAUCCCACAAUUUGAGAUAGUGUAUGUAUCCUCCGACGAAGACUUAGAUGCCUUUAAUGGUUUCUAUGGAAACAUGCCUUGGCUAGCAAUUCCUUUUUCUGAUUUGGAAACAAAGAAAGCAUUGAACAGAAAGUAUGACGUGGAAGGUAUUCCAUGUUUGGUUAUGUUGCAACCUGAUCAUAGUAAAGGAGAAGCGACAUUACGUGAUGGUGUUGAACUUAUUUAUCGAUAUGGUGUUCAAGCUUAUCCUUUUAGUAAAGAGAGGUUGGAGCAAUUGCAUGUGGCUGAAAGAGAAAAGCUUGAAAAUCAAACACUUGCUAAUUUAUUGGCUAAUAAUCAUAGGGAUUAUGUUUUGAGUCACACGGGUACUGGAUUACUCACACAGGUACCAGUUGCUUCUUUAGUUGGUAAAACUAUUGGACUAUACUUCUCAGCUGGAUGGUGUGUCCCAUGCACCAAAUUCACUCCCAAAUUGAUUAACGUUUAUCAGAUAAUCAAGCAAGAGCUAGCUGAAAAACAAGACCCCCAUGAAGAUUUUGAAAUUGUGCUUGUUUCCAACGACCGCGACCAAGAAUCUUUCGACUCAUACUAUAAUAUCAUGCCUUGGUUAGCACUACCUUUUGGUGACCCAGAGAUAAAGAACCUUGCAAGACACUUUGAUGUACAAGGGAUACCUUGUUUGGUAAUUAUAGGUCCUGAUGGUAAAACAAUAACAAUACAUGGAAGAAACUUAAUAAAUUUGUACCAAGAAAAUGCUUACCCUUUCACUGCUUCAAAAGUGGAGCAGCUAGAGAAACAACUUGAAGAAGAGGCUAAGGAUCUUCCAAAUUUGGUGCAUCAUGAAGGGCACCAUCAUGGACUUAAUUUAGUGUCUGAUGGAAAUGGGGGAGGGCCCUUCAUUUGUUGUGUCUGUGAUGAACAAGGGUCUAAUUGGGCCUAUCAAUGUCUUCAAUGUGGCUAUGAAGUGCAUCCAAAGUGUGUCACAACUGUGCAUGGAUCGUGACAAAUUAAAAGUCCCUGGCUGCAUGCUUCUAUGUAUAUGAAGCUGAUUUAAAGAAUCAAGUUCCUUCUAUACACACCAAUUAUAAUCGUGUGUGUCUUGAAUGUGCUACAGUGUUAGAUUAGGUGGUUACAUACAUAUCCUAAUCUAGAUAAGCGAUUGAAAUUCCCUUCACAUUCAAUUAGGUGGCUUUCUAUAUUUGUUGCUGUUGUAUGUAUGACUAAAAGAAAAAGUGUGUGAGAAAUUAAAGGUAAAGGAGACUGAGAAAUGACAUGCGAGCUCUCCAUUAUUCUACUCUAAUUCUAAUGAAUGAAAACUUGAUGAACCUAUUCUAAAUUUAA